GCGGUGACGUGCGUGGGGGACGUGCCGCGCAAGGGAUGAGAGCUCUUAAAAUCGCCCCCGGCGCGGCGCCGAGCCGAGCAGCGGAGGAGGGCAGAGGCGGACUCAGCGGCUGACGGUAGCGGUGGCAGGACAAGGUGAAACCAGCCCUCCUGGCUAUGGGAGGAGCUGUGGUGGACGAGGGUCCCACUGGCAUCAAGGCCCCCGAUGGGGGCUGGGGCUGGGCUGUCCUCUUUGGCUGUUUCAUCAUCACAGGGUUCUCCUAUGCCUUCCCCAAAGCCGUCAGCGUUUUUUUCAAGGAGCUCAUGCAUGAGUUUGGGAUUGGCUACAGUGACACGGCCUGGAUCUCCUCCAUCCUGCUGGCCAUGCUCUAUGGCACAGGCCCGCUCUGCAGUGUGUGUGUGAACCGCUUUGGCUGCCGGCCUGUCAUGCUUGUGGGUGGCCUCUUUGCCUCCCUGGGAAUGGUGGCCGCUUCCUUCUGCAGAAGCAUUAUCCAGAUCUACCUCACCACAGGAGUCAUCACUGGCUUGGGUCUGGCUCUCAACUUCCAGCCCUCCCUUAUCAUGCUCAACCGGUACUUCAACAAACGGCGCCCUAUAGCCAACGGGCUGGCGGCAGCAGGCAGUCCAGUGUUCCUGUGUGCUCUGUCUCCAUUGGGGCAGCUGCUGCAGGACCACUACGGCUGGAGAGGUGGCUUCCUCAUCCUGGGAGGCCUGCUGCUCAACUGCUGUGUCUGUGCUGCGCUCAUGAGGCCGCUGGUGGCACCCCAGGCGAGCGGAGGGAGUGGGACCCACGCACCCCAGCGGCCAUCAAAGCACCUUUUGGACUUGAGUGUCUUCCGAGACCGUGGCUUCCUCAUCUACGCAGUGGCUGCCUCCAUCAUGGUGCUGGGGCUCUUUGUGCCUCCAGUGUUUGUGGUGAGCUACGCUAAGGACCUGGGUGUGCCUGACACAAAGGCAGCCUUCCUUCUCACCAUCCUGGGCUUCAUUGACAUCUUUGCCAGGCCCACGGCUGGUUUCAUAACGGGGCUCAAGAAGGUGCGGCCCUACUCUGUCUACCUCUUCAGCUUUGCCAUGUUCUUCAACGGCUUCACCGACCUGACAGGCUCCACAGCCACUGACUAUGGUGGCCUGGUGGUCUUUUGCAUCUUCUUUGGCAUCUCAUACGGCAUGGUGGGGGCUCUGCAGUUUGAGGUGCUCAUGGCUAUUGUGGGCACUCAGAAGUUCUCCAGUGCCAUCGGUCUCGUGUUGCUGCUGGAAGCUGUGGCCGUGCUCAUCGGACCCCCAUCAGGAGGCAAGCUUCUGGAUGCAACCAAAGUUUACAAGUACGUGUUCAUCCUGGCGGGGGCCGAGGUGCUCACCUCCUCCCUUGUGCUGCUGCUGGGCAACUUCUUCUGCAUCAAGAAGAAGAAGGCCGAGGUGACACAGCCACAGCCCGAGGAGGCGGCUUCAGGAGGGGAGAAGCUCCACAAGCCCCCUGUGGAUGUGAGGGUGGACUCGCAGGAGGUGGAACACUUCCUGAAGGAACAGCCUGAGAAAAAUGGGGAGGUGGUUCACACCCCAGAAACCAGCGUGUGAGCAGCCUCGCCGAGCGGGCAGGGAGCAGGGAACAGGUCCAGAGACUGGCAACGCUCAUAUUUAUUUCACAAAGAGGACCAGCUGAGGCGGGGCCAUCGAUCGGCUCAGCUCUGGCUGCCUGGUCAGCGGGUCAGUGUUUUGCGGGGAGAGGUGGCGGGGUGGGAACCGUGUCAUUCCAAAGUGGAUCUGCGGUGAAGCCAAGGAAGCCCCACAGUUACCAGCCGCCUAUAGCGGGGACCCAGCCUGCUGAGCCCAAGCAGCCUGUGCCUCCCCUGCCCCCCCCAACUGUGGCCAAGGACCUAGAAACCCACACUUAGGAGACAACACGACUUUAAUCAGAGGGCAGGGCUGGGGCAGGCUGGCAGGUGGGUGCUGCCUGCAGGGUCCUCCCUGACCCCACCAUCCUACCCCCUUCUCCAGCUCCAGUUCCCUACAUUGCCAAUCACCCCCCUCUGUCUGGGGGACGAAAACGCUCCUUCCACCUGAGAAGGUAGGAGGAGGAGCACCAGAGGCUUGCCUCCAGGAGCUGCCUGGUUCUGGGCAGUGGUCUUCACCCUGAGUCCCACCCUUGUUAAAUAACAAACGGCUGAUUCUUAAGAA